UCGCGUCAAUCGUUUUAACUCUUCAAACCAUCGAGAACCAUGUCUGAAUCCAACCCGGGAAAGACGCGUGAGACUGUGGAGGGCAAUGAGGAACGCCAGGAAGACGAGAAGCAAGUCAAUGCUGUCGAAGAAACUAGCAGCAACGGCAGCAAGGCAGAGGAGUCUGAAUACGAGGGCUUGGGUGUCUAUCUUUACGAAGAAAGCAACGCGACCACCCUGGUCGAAUCACCUGUCCGUAAUGGCGAUGAGUCUGACAGAGUCGCGUCCCCUAGUCCGUCAUAUUACUACGACGACUCUGACAUGAGUCUAUCGCCAGAGCCUUUCUACUCCCGUGGUCACUCAAUUGAUUGCGCAUCUCACACGGCCCAGCCUCGAGCGAAGUUCUACUGCACCAGCAAUGGAUCUAUUGUCACCAUCGUAUCGACCAAUGACGUGGAUGUGUGGAUCGAGGAGGCAUACCUGGAGAACGCCAUCUACACUCCGCUCCCCGAGUCGCCAAUCCCUUUCGACAUUGAGGAGGAAGGAAAUGGUAACGGUGGCAGGCGUCGCGGCUUCUUUGCUUGCUUCUUCAAGUCGUGCUUCCGAAUCCUCUUUUAGAUCGUUCAACGGGAAUGGAUGGUGGGGGGUAGUGGCCUGCGCUGUUCAGAGCUCUCGUGAGGCUUUCUUUGUUCUCUGAUAUCCCGUGCAUAUCAAUGAACUGCGGCGACCUGCAAGCCUGGAACCUCUGUUUGCGCUCUUGCCCUUGUUCCUGCUAGAGUUCCUUCAUCAGAACUAGAGCACUUGCUAAGCCAUCUUUGAUUCUACUACAG